UUUAUCUUAUACCCUUGCAGAGAGGCAUUGGAUGAGGUGUUGAAUUCUGAUAUCAUUUUGAUUCUAUUUAGUUUGUGAAUUGUCUGAUGUCACUGGGAGCUUUUUCCACACUGGGGUAUUUCUAAAGAUAAAGAGCUAGUUCCCUAGACGUCUUACCCUUGUCAUUCGUUCUAUGAUAUCUAGCUACAGUCUCGAUCUCUUUGAUAUGCUCGAGGUCAUAGCUUCUACACCGAAAUCCGCACAAAUCAGGACACGGAGUCCUCGAAAUACAACCCCCAAACAGUCGGCUUUCUUUCGACUACCUCCGGAGCUCCGCCUGAAGAUCUACGAAUAUGCCCUGGCGGUCCCUAAUGAAUACACGGACCGUCCGCUGAUCGUCGUCAACGAUCGCGGCAACACCUUCACCUCACGCGGACGGUUCCGCGCCCUGUCCAUGUGUCCCAGCUGGGUAGGGCAGGACGGCACUGCCCGCAAUCUGCUGUCUGUCAACCGCCAGAUCCACGACGAAGCAGAGGAUUUUCUCUACUCGCGCUACACCCUUUUCUUCCUGAACUCGUUUGAUCUGAACCGUCUCGGCGCGUUCCUGGAUACCCUCAGCGCGACGGCGCGCAGCCGCAUCCGUAGCGUCGGCUUCGAGAUCUGCUUCUUUGUGCAUUCGCAAACGGGGGUGCCGAAGCGCAUGCUGAGGGACUACGAGCGCGCUGGACGCCUGCUCAUGGAGAAGCUGCCACAGUGGUCUAGCGUCUUCUUUUAUCUGGAUCCGAGAUUCUACUAUCCGUCUGCUUCGGUGGGUGGGCGCGAGCUAUCGGCUCGUGGGGUCCUCUAUCUGGCGACGGUGUUUGGGGCGAUGAGGAAGGAUCUGCAUUUCUUUCCGUUGCCGUCGAUUCAUCGGCAUGUUAUGGAUGAGGCGCAGAGGUUGUUGAGGAGAGGGAGUCGGUCGUCGCAGGGUCGGCCUUCUCUCUGACGGACCUUGGAAAUCUUCUCUUAUUCUUAUUCACCGUGAGAAGCUCUGAUACUUUGCAGCAUAUGUCAUCGUUCGUUUUAAAGUGUAUGAACCACCGGGGACUGCUGCAGGAUAACGUCCCGAUGUUAUGCGCUGUAAAAGCCGACAUUGAGUCUUGUCCGAUCUCGGGCUGGCGUGGGGUCAAUCACUUGGUGCUAACGGGAUUUUUCUGGCGCAGAAGGCUCGGAUAGGAAAUGCAUGGCGCUGGUUUGCUUUUGUGGAAUGUAUCAUGUUUCUCAUCUCCAUGGGUUGCUUUCAUAUUGAAGGAUUUGGCACGGAGGAGUUUUUUGGACUGGGCAUACUCACCUCAUAUAGACUAUAGACCGAUUGGAUAGAUAUCCGCUCCCUGUACUUAUAUCAAUGCUAUUAAUGCUAAUACCAAAGGAAGCAAGAUUAUAU